AUGUCAUGUCUAGAGCUUCGUCACUCUUUGCACCCACAAUAUCUAGUCUGCGAAGAUUCACCAUCGUCUCGAUGGCUUUAGAUAAGUCUGAAUAGUGCUCAGCUCUGACCUUCAUUAUUCUGAAGGAUCGCAGUUGAGACAUCUUCUUCAGAUUUCUGAGGAUAUCCUUGCUUACUUCUACACUUUGUAGCGUAUGUAGUUCCUUCAAAUCGCAUAUUCCUCGUAGAGCUGGGAAUCCAAGGAAAUAACAGAAACUUUGAUACGUACGAUCAACAAUCUUAUAUACGAACAAGUGUCGCAACCUUCGGAGCUUUACGAUACCAUCUGGCAACUCUUUGAUAUUAGUGAAAGCAAGAUCUAGAGUUUGUAAAUUGACAAGCCUCUUUAUUGAAGUGGAGAGCCUUUUGAUCGAUGUAUUCCUUAGGCCCAAGUAAUGGAGAUUGAAUAGAUUAAAUAUUUCCUUCGGAAGACCUUUAAUAAGCGGAACGCCUUGCAAGUCCAAAACCCGUAAUAAUUUGAAGCCGGACUGAAGAGGGGGUUCACCAGUGCCGAAGUGUAUCCAAGAUCUAAGGUUCUGAAUAGAACUUAUGCCAAAGGGAAUACUGUUGUUCGAAGACUUCACCGAGAAACGCCGCGCAUUGCCUUCAUAACUUUUUUCCGCAUCCUCAAAAACGACAUAAAAAUCCUCCUGUUCAGAUUUUGAGAUAAUAAGUUGUCGCAUUAUUGCACUUAUCUUACAGGUCCUCACCCUCCCAGAGUCAUUCGUAUCCUGGACUUCAAGCAUAUUCCGCUUAAUGAGUUCAUGAAGAUUGUCCUCCGCAACGUCCUCAGCAGUCCGUCUGCCCCGGUCCUGAAUAAAGCCUUCAGCUAUCCACAACCUAAUUAACCUCUUCCUCUUGAUAAGGUGACUAUCAGGAAAAAUACCACAAUAUAAGAAGCACGUUUUUAAGUACCCUGGGAGGCUGUCGAAGGACAAUUUCAAGACGCUCUUCAUCAAAUCAAAAUCGACGUUAUUAUUAAGGAUCCAAUUUAAAUCCUCCUCGAGUUUUUUCCAUUCCAAGAUUGUCUUCUCCCUCAGGGACAAAUAGUUUCCCAUGGACACUACAGCCAACGGCAGCCCAUCGCACAUUUUCGAAAUAUUCCUCGCUUGUUCCAUUAACUCAGUAG